UCCUUCAGCACCCCCAUCGAACCUCAGUCAUCGUCCAUCCCGGCGUCCAUUCCAGCGCCCCUGUCCGUUGGCCGUUUAUCAACUCCGUGUUCCCCCGCAUACCCCUCGCCUGUUUCCUCGCCUUUCAUGGACCCCAAAGACAUGCGCGCUCCACGACUGCGAUCGCUCUUCAUCCGCAAGGAGGGCGCGAGCCCCAAGCUCUCGCACGCCGUUUUCUCAAAGUCCAAGAGCAUGGAGACCAUCAAGGAGGACCCCUCCUUUGCUGAUCCCGACUCGAUCGUCGUCCAGGGGUUUCCGCUGAAUGUCCACGAAAAGGUCCCCAAGAUCCCGUCAAAGUACCAGCGCAGAAGAAACAACUCUGUCCAGGAUGGCUCCAUCGCGACCUACAUCGAGGGCCGCCGCACCAGCGACACCUCCACGACCAGCUCCAUUGCCAGCUCGGUCUCGAGCUUGAGCUCCAAUUCCUGCCCCAACUCCAACUCUGGCCCCUCUGGCUCGCCCAAGGAAGUCAGGCUCACGAGCAUUCUACGAAAGCCCUCCAGCAGCACCCAGCUCUCCGGCACGCCCUCGGCCCUGGUCAUCUCUCGCUCCACCAGCUUCACAAGCGACCGCUCCUACGCCUGCUCCGAUGCCCACUCGGUCGCCAUGUCGCCUCCUCCUCGCUCGCUGCAAGACCCCGACGACUCGGCCGGCUCCUCGCAGCCCGAUGUCUUCCGCUGCUACAUCGAGUACUUGCGUGCUCCCGCGGACUCGGGCCUGCGACGCGCGCGCUCCAUGGCCAACAUCAUGGCCGAGCCCGAGGUCGUGCUGGCCCCGAGUAUCCGCAGCGAGCCCGCGUCGCCCACCGAUUACGACUCGUUCUCACGCCUUGACGAGCUCAUCGGCACCGUCCGUGCUGAGAUGAAGUCCUAUGUCGGGGUCCUGGACCACCCCUCGGCCGCACCCUCGCCCUCGUCGUACGGCCGCCCUAUCGUGCAGGAGCAUCUCGACAACAUUCUCCAGCACCAGGUCAAGCCCUUCCUCGACCACGCCGCCAACCGCUGGCUGGCUACGGCUGGAGCCAUCGACUGGAGCCGCGUUCUCCAGCUCGUUGCCUCGCCCGGCCGCCGCUUCCCGGACUGCGAGCUCUACUACAAGGCUCUCAUCCGCCAGCUGCCCGUCAACAUUUACCUGGCCAACCGGACCCUGCGCCGAUGCUACAAGUGCAGCGACCAGGAGGAGGACAUUGAGCACUUUUUGAUUUCGUGCUCCCAGGCGGUCGAGCUCUGGGCCCUCUGGACGACGAUGCUUUCCGAGGCCAUUGAUCUCCCUGUGCCCUCGGCUACCCUGCGUGACGUCCUGCUGAUGUUCCCGGAUCUAGAGCCCGCGCUGUCGUCGACCCAGUUCUUUAUCCUGACCUGUUUCCAUGCCGCUGCGCUGUCGACCCUGUGGAAAUGCCGCUCGUACCCACAGAGCUACCGCUUUGUCAACGAGAUCUUCAAGCGCCAGGCCGCCGAGCGUCUCCGCACCGAGCGAGUCAAUAUCUCGCCAGCAGUCUCGUCCACCAUCGACUGGGGCCACAUUGACGCCUAUAUCGAGGCCAAUCUACCCUAAACCAAGAAGGGGA